AUGAUGUACUCAAGAGGAAGCGUUCCAAAGGGCCGGCACCUACUGCUUCCGCUUCUGCUCCACAUAAUCUGGGGAGAGGUAAGAGGCCAGCUGCACUACUCGGUCCCCGAGGAGGCCAAACACGGCACCUUCGUGGGCCGCAUCGCGCAGGAUCUCGAGCUGAAACUGGCGGACCUGGUGCCGCGCCAAUUCCAGUUGGAUUCUAAGGGACGCGGGGACCUUCUGGAAGUAAAUCUGCAGAAUGGCAUUUUGUUUGUGAAUUCUCGGAUCGACCGGGAGGAGCUGUGCGGGCGGAGCGCGGAGUGCAGCAUCCACCUGGAGGUGAUCGUGGACAGACCGCUGCGAGUUUUCCACGUGGAGGUGGAGGUGAAGGACAUUAAUGACAGCCCGCCUGUGUUCCCAGCUACACAAAAGAAUCUGUUUAUUGCGGAAUCCAGGCUGCUUGACUCUCGCUUUCCACUAGAGGGCGCAUCGGAUGCAGACGUCGGAGCCAAUGCUCUGCUAACUUACAGACUGAGCCCCAGUGAAUAUUUCUCGCUGGACAUACCACCCAACCACGAACAGGUGAGGUCUCUUGGGCUGGUAUUACGGAAGCCUUUAGACAGGGAGGAGGCCCCAGAGAUUUAUUUGUUGCUCACCGCCACCGAUGGAGGCAAACCCGAGCUGACUGGCACUGUUCAGAUACUCAUCACGGUCCUGGAUGCCAACGACAACGCUCCCGUUUUCGACAGAGCGCUUUACACCGUGAAAUUACCAGAGAAUGUUUCUAUUGGGACGCUGGUAGUGAACGCCACUGCCUCAGAUUUGGACGAGGGCGUGAAUGGAGACAUUACUUACUCAUUUUCUAGUGCUGUUUCUCCAGACAUCAAAUCCAAGUUCCACAUAGAUGCAGUGAGUGGGGAAAUUACAGUGAUAGGACUUAUUGAUUUUGAAGAAAGUAAAACCUACAGAAUUCAAGUAGAGGCGGUUGAUAGAGGGCCUCUGCCCCUGGCUGGUCACUGUACAGUUCUUGUAGAAGUUGUAGAUGUUAACGACAACGCUCCACAGUUGACUGUCAAAACACUCUGGCUCCCAGUGAAAGAGGAUGCACCCAUUGGAACGGUUAUUGCCCUGAUUAGCGUGACUGACCGAGAUGCAGGGGCAAAUGGGCAAGUGACCUGCUCCCUCUUGCCUCUUGACCCUUUCAAGCUGGUGUCCAGCUUUAAGAAUUACUAUUCUCUGGUAUUGGACUGCUCUUUGGACCGAGAAAGCAUAGCUAACUAUGAGGUGGUGGUGACAGCGCGGGAUGGGGGUUCACCUCCGCUUUGGGCAUCAGCCACGGUGUCCGUGGAGGUGGCCGACGUGAACGACAACGCGCCUGUGUUCGCGCAGCCCGAGUACACGGUGUUCGUGAAGGAGAACAACCCGCCGGGCUCCCACAUCUUCACUGUGUCUGCGCGCGACGCGGACGCGCAGGAGAACUCGCUGGUGUCCUACUCGCUGGUGGAGCGGCGCGUGGGCGAGCGCGCGCUGUCGAGCUACGUGUCUGUGCACGCGGAGAGCGGCAAGGUGUUCGCGCUGCAGCCGCUGGACCACGAGGAGCUGGAGCUGCUGCAGUUCCAGGUGAGUGCGCGGGACUCUGGAGUGCCUGCCCUGGGGAGCAACGUGACUCUGCAGGUGUUCGUGCUGGAUGAGAAUGAUAACGCGCCUGUUCUGCUUUCGCCUUGGACCCAAGGAUCAGGUGGUUCGGUGAGGGAGCUAUUGUCUAGAUCAGUGGGCCCGGGUCACGUUGUGGCGAAGGUGCGUGCAGUGGACGCUGACUCUGGCUACAACGCUUGGCUGUCUUAUGAACUACAACAGGCGGCAGGCAGCCUCCGCAGCCCAUUCCGCGUGGGUCUGUACACGGGUGAGAUCAGCACGACUCGCGCCCUUGAUGAGGCAGACGCCCCCCGCCACCAUCUGUUGGUGCUGGUGAAGGACCACGGGGAACCUGCACUGACAGCUACCGCCACUGUGCUGGUGUCUCUUGUGGAGAGCAGCCACGCCCCAAAGGUGUCUUCAAGGGCUGUGGUGGGUAUUGGGAGUCCUGAAACGGCCUUGGUGGACGAGAAUGUGUACCUGAUCAUCGCCAUCUGCGCGGUGUCCAGCCUGUUGGUGCUCACAUUGCUGCUGUACACGGCACUGCGCUGCUCUGCGGUGCCAGAUGAGGGCAUGAGCGGGCCCAGGAAGCCCACGCUGGUGUGCUCCAGCGCGAUGGGGAGCUUGUCGUACUCACAGCAGAGGGGGCCGAGGGUGUGCUCUGGGGAGGGCCUGCCCAAGACGGACCUCAUGGCCUUCAGCCCUAGUCUUCCUCCGUGUCCUGUGUCUACAGAUGGUGAACCACCUCCAGUUGUUUUGGACUCCUCUGGGAAGGUGGGUUUUUUUUGGUAG